AUUAAUUUCUUUAAAUUUAUUAUUGAUUCGUGUUUUUAAAUAAAAUGAUAAUUUUUGAAUAAGGAAUACAUUGAAAAUUGUAAUAAAAGAUAUAAUAAUGACCAAAACAUAUAAAUAUGAAGAUCAACUUGAUUUUAUUCAGAAAAGCGAUGAUGUGAAGAACCUUUUCAUAAUCAAGAAGGGCUUUGUCCCAAACAUGAACGUGGAAGGGCACUUAUUCGCGAAUGACAACCUCUCAAAAUUGUUAUUUGAUGAAUUAAAGCAGUUUACAGAUGACCCAGGGUCAUUUCUACCAGCACUGAAACAGCUUGCAAAUGUGGCAGCCUUACCAGGCAUAGUUAAGAGUAGCAUUGCACUCCCAGAUGCCCAUUCAGGUUAUGGAUUCUCUAUUGGAAAUGUAGCAGCCUUUGACAUGGAUAACUGUAACUCUAUAGUAUCUCCAGGCGGUGUUGGAUUUGAUAUAAACUGCGGAGUUCGCUUGCUGAGAACUAAUUUACUAUAUAAAGAUAUUGAACCAAUAAAAGAACAACUGGUUCAAAAGCUGUUUGAUUUAAUCCCAGUCGGAGUCGGCUGUCAGGGUAAAAUACCCUGUGAUUAUGGAGAUUUAGAUAACAUUUUGGAGUACGGAAUGGACUGGUCUGUAUGUUCUGGUUACUCCUGGGCAGAAGAUAAGGAACACUGUGAAGAUUUUGGCCGUAUGAUUCAAGCUGAUCCAACUGUUGUAUCAUAUAGAGCUAAAAAAAGAGGUUUAUCCCAAAUUGGAACACUUGGUGCUGGAAAUCACUACGGAGAAGUUCAAGUUGUUGAGGAAAUAUAUGACGAGUACAGUGCUAAGGUUAUGGGAAUUGACAGGAUUGGCCAGGUGUGUAUUAUGACACACAGUGGUUCGAGGGGUUUGGGUCACCAAGUAGCUUCGGAUGCACUUGUGGAUAUGGAAAAUAGCUUAAACAAGUCAAAAAUUAAAGUUAAUGAUAAGCAGUUGGCCUGUGCAAGAAUUAACUCGGAUGAGGGGAAAAAAUACCUCAAGGGUAUGGCGGCAGCUUCUAACUAUGCCUGGGUUAACAGGAGUGUUAUGACACAUUUGACAAGAAAAGCAUUUGAGGAGGUUCUGAAAGAAUCUGCCGAUGACUUGGAUAUGCACGUAGUCUAUGACGUUUCACAUAAUAUCGCCAAAAUUGAGGAUCACAUUGUGGAUGGUAAAUUGAAGAGGUUGCUACUACAUAGAAAAGGCUCAACCAGGGCAUUUCCGCCAUAUCAUCCUCUAAUAUCAGCAGACUUUCAGCACAUAGGUCAGCCAGUACUGGUUGGAGGGACCAUGGGAACAUGUUCCUAUGUUCUAACAGGAACACAACUAGCUAUGGAUUUAACACUAGGGUCAACUUGUCAUGGAUCAGGGAGGACAUUGAGUAGAAAUAAGAGUAGACGGAUACUGGACUAUAAUGAAGUAUUAAACAAUUUAAAAGAAAAAGGAAUCUCGAUAAGAGUGGCAUCACCUAAGUUGGUGACAGAGGAGGCACCAGAGUCCUAUAAGGAUGUGUCAGAAGUCGUCCAGACUUGUCACGAUUCCGGAAUCUCGAAAAAAUGUGUUAAACUAAGACCAGUGGCAGUCAUUAAGGGGUGA